UUAGUUUAGGCGGUAAACCCCAGAUGAUAGGGCCGAUAGGGGUAGUUAAAAUUUCAAGACUAUGUAGACAGUAUUGUACAUACAUUUUGAACAUUUUGUCGUCUUUAUAUUCUACUUAAACAGGCAUACGAUUGCUGGUCUCAUUUCUGAAGUCGUCAGUGUUGUAGUUUCAAAAUAAAUGUCUACUUACAAAAUGAAACGAGCAUUAUCGACAUUUGUAGUCGUAUUGAUGACCGUCGUCGUGGUGACGUUAGGCGAUCGACUACAAUGUAAAGAUCCAAACGGACAACCUGUUGACUGGUUUACGGCUAUAAAGCUACCAAGACUCAAGUCAAACUUGUCCGAUGGGACCGUUUACGUUUAUAUGGACGCCAGAAACCCGGAGUGGACCUACUAUACAGGGAUCAUAACCGAAACGUCAGCUAUCGGGCACACAGUGUCGCAAAUGUACACGGCCAGCCAAACCUAUAACGAAUCGAUAAUGUGGAUCGUGUACAACGAUGAACCAACAAAUGGUCCAGUAACAUUUUCUAAAGGCCAUUCCAAAGGUACGGUGGUGGCUAACAACAGUUCGGGAUUAUGGUUAGUGCAUAGCGUGCCAAAAUUUCCGCAGUUGCCUUACCAGAACAAUAAUUCUUACACGUACCCCAAGACCGGUGUUAAGUUCGGCCAAAGUUUUCUGUGUAUGUCCAUGACGGCUGAAGAACUGGACAAGGUAGGCAAUCAGUUAAUCAACAAUGAGGUGCUGAUAUAUGGCAGUCACUUCGGAGGCGAUCUGAAAUUGACGUACCCGGGUUUGUACAACGCCACCCGGCCGCAUUCAAUUCCAGAUGUGAAAAAUGAUGGAGUGAGGUUACAGCCUCUUCGCUCUACCGAGGGCAUUGAGUUCAUGUCCAUUUCUAAGAACAGACACUUUGGAAAAGAUUUAUACGAAGACUUAAUCACACGGAUGACACAAUCAAAUGUAUACACAGAGACUUGGUUGAAUACGCGUGAUAGAUUUAAUUCAUCAUGUUCCGGUCACUACAAGACUAUGAACAUUAAAUCGUUAGCCAUGAAGAACAUAAAAGGAUUAAAAACCGUGUGGUUUAAGUCGGCUUUGGACCAUUCUAAAUGGGUUUUGACUGGGAAGAGUUCUGUACAUUGGACUUGCAUAGGCGACAUCAAUCGAGCCGAAGAACAGACGAAGCGUGGAGGUGGAACUGUAUGCAUAAAAUCAAUGCCUGUGUGGAAUCAAUAUAAACAACUGGUAUCAGACAUCGAAAAGUGUAAAGCUUAGUGAUAUAAAUAUGUGACUCUUACCACUCUUACCAGAGUAUUACUGUUGUUAAAAAUGUCACCGAUAUGUAUUUAAUGUCAUUAAUACUUGUUCAAUUUAUCUUCGCUUAAUGUAGACAAUAGAUAUGACUCAUAAUUUAUUUUUAAAAUAUAAGUUAUAUAAAAUAUUACACGUAAGUACAUUUGAUAUGCCAUAAGUAGACAUAUAAUAUGUAUGUGCUAACCUAAUUUUGUAUUUACACUAAAGAAAUUUCUCUAUUUAAAGAACAAUUUGUUCCAAAUUACAAGUCAAUGAUCACA